AUGGCAUGGCGCAAGCAGUCGGCAGCGGCCCCUCUGGUCGCCGGCCUUCUUCUCUUGGUGUCCGCCCCCACUCCGGUGUUCGCCCACCCUUAUCCUCUCCAAAACGUCGCAAACAACCUCUUCUACAAUUUGGGCGACCAUUUUAUGAAGCGCGAUUGCGUUCAACGUUGUGGAGCCGACUCUCAAUACUGCUGUGGAUCUGGAGAGCAGUGCUACACCGUUAACAACAUCGCUGGCUGCAGCACCGUGAGCGGAGGUGGAGGCUACGGCAUUUACACCACGACAUGGACUGAGACGAACACCUUUACCAGCACAAUAUCGACAAACUGGCCUGCAGUGACAACAGGGGCAGCUGGGGGAGGCACCGGGGCCACCUGUGUUCCUCAGAGUAGUGGAGAGACGGCCUGUGGCAGCAUUUGCUGCGCCGCCAACCAGUACUGUGCCUACUCAGGGCAAUGCGCUCAGCGCGAUGGCUGGGGCGGAGGCGUCACUACAAUUACAUCGGGAGGCCAUACAAUCACCACCCAAUACUCUGCUCCUUACCGCAUCACGAGCACCGGGGCCACCGGCACCGCCGCCUCAGCAACCAGCACCGGCACAGUCGUACCCAUCACCAACGAGGGUACUGGUGGAGGAUUGAGCGGCGGCGCCAUCGCCGGUAUUGUUAUCGGCACGCUUGCAGGUCUCGGUCUUCUCAUGCUUCUCUGCUUCUGUUGUAUCGCCCGCGGCCUGUGGGGUCUCAUCUUUGGCAAGAAGAAGAAGGAGCACAGCCACAGCCGCGAACGAGUCGAGGUGGUUGAGGAGAGAUACUCGCGUCACGGCAGCCGCAUGCCAUCUGCCCACUCUGGUCGCCCCUCGCACGGCGGCUGGUUCGCAGGUGGCGGUCGUCCCGCCCCGGCUGCUCGUCGCAAGGAAGAGAAGAAGGAAGGCGCCAAGUGGUUGGGCCUGGGAGCCGCCGCAGCAACCAUGUUGGCGCUCUUGAAUCUUAAGAAGGACAAGCCGAAGGCCAAGCCUCGGUCGAGCUACACCGACUCGUACUACUCGUACACGGGGACAAGUCCCAGUGAGUCUUCAUGGGAUUCUCGGGAUCGAUCGGAUCUGACGUCCUACCUAGGCAGCUCUAGCUCGGGUGGAAGAACUCACCGCACCGGCCACACACGCGGCACACACACGACGCGCCACUCACGGAGGUAG